GAGGAUAAUUACAAAACGAACCCCACCCCCCUGAAUCAGGCGACCGCGCUUGCUCGCGAAGCACUUCUGUGUGGGCGGCUUUGCGCGUGAGGUGGAGUUUGGGAAGAAAGACAAGGCCCCUGAAUAUGAAGGCUCGGCGGGCGCUGCAUUUCGUGUUCAAAGUGGGCGACCGAGCCGAGACCGCGCGCUUCUACCGGGAUGUACUGGGCAUGCGCGUAAGUGGGGGCGCGAGACGGUGGGCGGUUAGGAAAUGGCCUUGGCAGUUUGCGGGGAGGGCUUUUUGUGGCAGGGGUGACGUCACGGCUACGGGUGCCCUAGGGUCCCAAGCCACGCGGGAACGAGUUGGUUUGGUUUUUGAGCAUCUUCCCCUAGAGCGGCUAGUUAAUUACGGCGGCCUCUUUGGCCCAAUCUUUCCUACGGAGGCGGCGUUUGCUUUCGUGAACGUUUGUCGCUCCUGAUUACGCCGCAGUGCGGCGCACUUAGUUUUUCAGGAAUGCAUUGAUUUUAUACAAGUAACAAACGUCAGGAAAAAAUCUGUGUGUGUCUCUGUAUAUCUAUCUGUAUAUAUCUGUAUAUCUAUCUGGGGAAACUCAGCCAGAUGGGCGGGGCAUAAAUAAUAAAUUAUUAUUAUUAUUCCAAAGUGAUCUUAAACGGAACAUGUGACUCUAUCUGUAUAGUCACAUGUUGCGUUUAAGAUCACUUUGGAAUAAUUAUUAUUAUUAUUAUUAUUAUUAUUAUUUAUGCCCCGCCCAUCUGGCUGAGUUUCCCCAGCCACUCUGGGCGGCUCCCAACUGUUAAAAACAAUACAGCAUUAAAUAUUAAAAACUUCCCUAAACAGGGCUGCCUUCAGAUGUCUUUUAAAAGAUAAGAUAGCUGCUUAUUUCCUUGACAUCUGAAGGGAGGGCGUUCCACAGGGCGGGCACCUUGAGUUAAAAUACAAUAUUAAAAACAAUUUUAAAAAUAAAGUGACCCCAAACCAUGCACGUCAAAAGUGUCAAAAGCCGCCUUGUUUGUUCCUGAAUGUUAACUUAUUUUUCUUAAACAAACAGGUUCUAAGGCAUGAAGAAUUUGAAGAAGGCUGCAAGGCCACUUGUAACGGGUACGUUGUCUUCAUUUUGGUUGCUUCUCAUCAAAGCGGACAUUUCACUCAACACUCUUGAGCAGGCCUAGGCAAACUCGGCCCUCCAGAUGUUUUGGGACUACAACUCCCAUCAUCCCUAGAUAUCAGAACCAGUGGUCAGGGAUGAUGGGAGUUGUAGUCCCAAAACAUCUGGAGGGCCGAGUUUGCCUAGGCCUCCUCAAGAGUGUUCGGAGGUGGUAGCCCCAAAGGGAUGGAGAGCUCUGAGGCAGGUGCUGUUGCCUGGCAACGCAAGCUUCUUCUGCCAAUAGUGCCCGCGAUAUAAAUGCUCCCUCGCUUCCCAUUGUCUGACCUUCUGUGACAUCAUGGGACGGGCGCAACAAUUCUACCUGUGUAUAGUGCCGGUGUCUGGGUAGAAUGCCUUAGGACACUAGGACGCGGGUGGCGCUGUAGGUUAAACCACAAAGCCUAGGACUUGCCGAUCAGAAGGUUGGCGGUUUGAAUCCCCGUAAUGGGGUGAGCUCCCGUUGCUCGGUCCCCGCUCCUGCCAACCUAGCAGUUCGAAAGCAUGUCAAAGUGCAAGUAGAUAAAUAGGUACCGCUCCGGCGGGAAGGUAAACGGUGUUUCCGUGUGCUGCUCUGGUUCGCCAGAAGCAGCUUAGUCCUGCUGGCCACAUGACCCGGAAGCUGUACGCCGGCUCCCUCGGCCAAGAAAGCGAGAUGAGCGCCACAACCCCAGAGUCGGCCACGACUGGACCUAAUGGUCAGGGGUCCCUUUACCUUUAUAGUGCCGGUGUCUGGGUAGAAUGCUGCCCUUCAAAUGAGUGCAGCGUUGGGUGGGAAGCUAGAAUAGAAUAGAAAAAGCUGCCUCAAUCUGACCUGGUAUGUCUGCCCAUCAAGCCCUUUAUUGCCCUCUCUGACUGGCUUUCCAGAGUUUCAGGCAAGAGUCUCGCUCAGCCCUACCCAGAGAUUGAACCUGGGACCGUCUCAUGCAAGGCAUGUUCUCUGCCAUUACAUUGGCAUCUGAGUGAGCUGAAGCUCCCCAGAGGAGAGGAAGAUGUAGGCUCCCCCCCCCUCCGAGUUAUUGCAAUACAAAUAAAAGGCAGCUGUGUUUCUAGCCCCUAUGACGGCAAGUGGAGUAAAACGAUGGUGGGCUACGGUCCCGAAGACAAUCACUUCGUCGCGGAGCUAACCUACAAUUACGGAAUCGGAGAUUACCGCCUCGGCAACGAUUUCCUGGUAGGCACCGCUUCAUUCGGUUGAUAAGUGAGAAGGUUUGCAAAAUAUGUUGGUUCUGGGAUCGCUAAGGCUUAGUUUCUGCUCAAAAGAACGGGUGAAAUGAACAAAGCACUGAGUAGGCCCUGGGAGUGCGGUGGGCCACAUUUCUCAUUCUAGAAAAGGUAAAAAGCUCUGCAGUUGCUGUUGGGGGACUUUGGAGUUUGCAUAGCAAAGGGACUAGAUCAGUGAGCUUUCGUGGACUGUGUGUUCUGAGGCUUGGAGUCUUCGAUUGUGGUAGGGUUAGGUGUACUGCAGGUGUUAGGAAACCUUUGGCCCUCCGGAUGCUGCUAAACUACAAGUCCCAUCAGCACCAGCAAGCAUGUCCAAUGGGCACAGAGGCUAGGAGCUGUAGUUAAGAUCUUCCUCAAUGCCCUCCAUCAAAAUAUUCCAGGACGAUUUUAAUCUGUUCUUAGUCGAUUUUUAUUUUAACUUUUUGAAAGUCUUAAAUUAUUGUUAAUUUUUCUUAUUGAUGAUUUUAUUCUUUCUGUAAAGUGUUUUGAGGGUUUUUCUUUUACAAUCAAGCAGUGUAUAAGUUUUAUGAAACGAAAAAAAUUGUAAAGAAAGAUUGUCUUGUCAACAGAGGCCGGUCAGAAAGUGAGACCUCUGAAGCCUAUCCAACAGCUUGGGCGGUUUCAGAAACUUCAGGGGUCAAAUGUGGCAGGCGGGUGUUAUUUUUUUAUACUGCUACAACUCCUACAUUUAUAUCCCGCUUUUACUCCAAGGAGCUCAAGGCGGUAAGCAUGUUUUCCCCCUCCUCCUCUUGCCAUUUUAUUGCAAACACAACCCUGUGAGGCAGGUUAGGCUGAGAAAGAGCAGUCGGCCCCAGGUCAUCCAGGGCUGUGAUUCUGGGGUUAUUUUCUUCUUCUUCUUCUUCUUGCCAUGCCAGGGGAUGACUAUUGUGUCCAGCCAGGCUGUGAGCAAUGCCAAAAAGCUGCAGUGGCCGCUCAAAGAGAUCUCAGCAGGCGUCUACGAAACGGAAGCCCCAGGAGGAUACAAGUUCUGCCUGGAAGACAAAACGUCAUCAAAGGAAGGUAAAGAGGGGUGCCAUGUGAUACUCUGUAGUUAGGAUGACACUGGAUUUUUCUGCCCGUGGAGAUUCAGGCUUCUGAAAAAAAAUUCUUUUCCUUUAAGCUCAUGCAGGCAAGAAUGCCUAUUUCCACAAUUGCUAACUGAUUUCUGAUUUUAAUCACCGUAUUUUUCGCUCUAUAAGACGUACCAGACCACAAGACGCACCUAGUUUUUGGAGGAGGAAAAGAAGAAAAAAAAUAUUCUGAAUCUCAGAAGCCAGAACAGCAAGAGGGAUCGCUGUGCAGUGAAAGCAGCAAUCCCUCUUGCUGUUCUGGCUUCUGGGAUAGCUGCGCAGCCUGCAUUAGCUCCAUAAGACGCACACAUAUUUCCCCUUACUUUUUAGGAGGGCAAAAGUGAGUCUUACAGAGCAAAAAAUACGGUAUUUGAUAUGGCUUCCAUCCUUUUGUUUUUAUGUGCAAUUGUUGCAAACUGCUCAGAUUUUUUAAAAUAAUGAAUCAGCAGUACAGGCAACCCCCUAUUGACGUGUGUUCAAUAUGUGUGCAACUGUGCAUAUGCUCAUCAUGCCAAACCCCCGGAAGUGACCUAAAAAUGUCACAAAAAGGAGCAGAACUCGGCUGGGUGGGGGUGGAACUGGGUCAGAAUAGGGUUUUUGCAGGCUUUAAAAAAGGUGUUUCAAAUAUACGCAGUUUCACUGACACGUGCGGUGCCCAGAACAUAACCCCUGCGUAAAUGCGGGUGGGGGAGAGGCGUUGCCUGUAUAUAACCAGUUUUUAUAAAGAAUAACAAUAAAGUUGGGGAGAGCAACUACCAGCCACCAGCCCCAAAUUUCUUGCAAUCCUCAAUCCUAUUCCUAAAGUCCAUCCAUUCCUGAAGCUCUUCCAUUCUUUCAGAUCCUGUGCUGAAGGUUACUUUGGCCGUGUCCAGCCUGCAGAAAUCUGUGGACUACUGGUCUAAGUUCCUGGGCAUGAAGCUGUACGAGAAGGACGAAGACAAGCAGAAGGCUCUGCUCGGCUAUGGAGAUAACCAGGUGAGGCUGAAGGGGCACCAGGCAGCUGAGGGGAUCCUCAGGGCAUCUUCCAGGUAUAUGUGGCAGAGACAGGGGCCACCAUUCCAGCUUCUGCAGUGGUUGGGCGUCUAUGGCUCUCAGUACCCAGCACUGGGUACCGGGCGCUGUGGUCUAAACCACAGAGCCUAGGGCUUGCCGAUCGGAAGGUCGGCGGUUCAAAUCCCUAUGAUGGGGUGAGCUCCCGUUGCUCGGUCCCUGCUCCUGCCAACCUAGCAGUUCGAAAGCACCUCAAAGUGCAAGUAGAUAAAUAGGUACCACUCCAGCGGGAAGGUAAACAGUGUUUCCGUGCGCUGCUCUGGUUCGCCAAAAGCGGCUUAGUCAUGCUGGCCACAUGACCCGGAAGCUGUACGCCGGCUCCCUCGGCCAAUAAAGCGAGAUGGGCGCCGCAACCCCAGAGUUGUCUGCGACUGGACCUAAUGGUCAGGGGUCCCUUUACCUUAUCCAGCACUGUUAACAAACUAUACAGUUCCCAGGAUUCCAUCGGGGAAGUCAUGUGCUUUAAAUGGAUGUCAUGGAUGCCACCGCUCUCUUCGCAAGCCCCACUUCUGCUGUUGCUGCUGCUGCUGCUGCUGAGGCACCAGUCUUUGUUGCAAACCCAGUGGUCUGAUUUCCUUUCCUUUUAUUUCCCCCUUCCAGUGUAAGCUGGAGUUGCAGGGCAUCGGCCAAGCCGUGGACCACGGGGCAGCCUUUGGGAGGAUCGCCUUCUCCUGCCCCAAGGAAGAGGUCAGUGGGGAUUGCUUACAAGAUUUGUCAGGAAGGGCCUGCCGCUCAAGUGGUAGAUGGAAGGUCCCGGGUUCGGUUCCUGGCGGCAUCUCUAGGUCGGGCUGGGAGAGACUCCUGCACGAAAUCUUGCAGAGCCCCUGCCAGUCAGAGUAGAGAACACUGAGGUAGGCCCAGUGGCCUGGACAUUCCAUCAGGCAGCUUCUCAGGUUCCUAAUAUUCCCAACAAGACAAAGGCAACUUUACCUUGAAAUAAAUGCUUAGUGGGGAAAUAUCAAAGGCGUGCGACACCUGUUCAUAAAUAAAAAUGAUGAAUGGCUACCAAUAUGUUCAUUAAAGUCCUUCUUCACGCAGCACCCAGUGAAGCUGUGGUGCUCACUUUUGCAGUGGCAGGUAUGGCUUCAAAAGAUUGGACAAUUUCAUGGAGGAAAAGGCUGCCAAUGUUUACUAGUCACAAUGACUGGGCUCUGCCUCCCAAUGCUUCUGAAUGCCAGUUCCUGGAAACCACAAGAAGAGAGAGUUUCUCUUGUGCUCGGUCCCACUUGCAGAAUCCCCACAGGGGCCUCUGGGAGGCCACUGUAAGAACAGGGUGCUGGGCUAGAGGGGCCGCUGCCCCUUCUUCUUACAGUCUUUUUAAAUUUUGUUUUAUUCAUUUCCCUUUUUCAUUCAUUAUAUACAUCUCAUAUUCAUAACAUUUACUAUGCGUCCCUCCCCUCCUGGGCUUCCCCCAACUUCUGAUUUGUUUCUCCUUUCACCCACUUUGCUCCCUCCUAAAAGAAAAAACUACUAAUAACAUAUACAAUAACAUCAAACCUAAAAACAUAAAAAUAACAAUGAAUACACCAUAUUAUUUCUCUAUCUUCUACACAUUUUCUAAUACUAAUAAUGUGAAUGUUUAUUUUAAAUCUCUUCUUACAGUCUUAAUUCAGCUAGUUCUUGACUACUGUAAAUGGAUCCAUUUGGCUUAUUUAUUUAUUUGAUGACGUCUGGAUCCCAACCUCCCUCUAAGGAGCACAAGGUGGCAUCCAUACUCCUCCUCCCCAUUUUAUCCCCACAAUAACCUUGCCAGGUAGGUCAGGCUGAGAGACAAGGACUGUCCCAAAGUCGCCCAAGGAGCUUUGUGGCCAAGUGAGGAUCUGAACCCUGAUCUCCCAGCUCCCAGUCUGGCACUCUAACCACUACACCUUAAACACAACUGGAAGGGAUUCUUCAAAAACUAUUUGGCAUCCAAGUUUUAGAUUUCUUUCAUUAAAGGUGCUCAAAGAUUUUCUAAAAGAGAAAUGAGCUUCCUCUUCUGUUCCCUCACUCAAAAUGGAUGCAUUCGCACUCUGAUUUUCCCUUCCCCGUUUUGUUUGUCCUCCCAAGUUGCCCGGCAUCGAAGCCUUGAUGAAGAAGGAAGGCCAGAAGAUCUUGACCCCCCUCGUGAGCCUGGACACGCCUGGGAAAGCGACGGUUCAGGUGGUCAUCCUGGCAGAUCCCGUGAGUGCAGCUUCAAAACAGCUUUCGUGCCUCCAACGUAGGUCAGGAACGAGGGCUCUGUGGCCAGGUGUCGUUGGACUCCAACUCCCAUCAGCCCUGGUUGCAGCAGGGCCAGUGGUCAGGGGCGAUGGGAGUUGUAGUCCAUCAGCAUCUGGAGGGCCACAGGGUCCCCUAUCCCUUAUCCCACGAAGCAGCAUUCCCUACUUGUGUGCAAGAGGUGAAGGAAUGUCUCUGUUUAGCAGAGGAAGUCCUUCCUGAGAGAGGAGAAUUCCUCUUCUUAGAGCAACAAUUGACAAAGCUGUAGACCUCCAAAUGUAGGACUUCCGACUCCUGCCAUCUCUAUGGGUUCCUGUAUAUGUAGUGCAUGCGAAGGGAAAUUUUUGACACAUCGCAAAGUUCCAAAAAAAUAAACCAGAGGCAAUUUCAUCCAGCAGAGCUUUACUGCUACUGAAGGCAAAUGAGCACAAUGGUGACAGAUCCAAUACAUUCAGGAUUGGCACAGGCCAUAAGAAUUCCAGUUACAGCAGUCUUACCUUAAACUUAACAAUAACUUAUAAUAAGACUAAACCUUAACACAGAACAGAACAGAACACCACACCAGAACAUACAGAGAGAAAAGAGAAAGUGUGAAAUAGAACCCAGGCUCCUCCUGGCCUGACUAUUAUAGUCAGCAGGACCUUGACAAGAAAGGAGAAGGAACCAGUUUAAACCAGCUGUACUCGGCUUCCUAGAAGGAAUAACCCAAACACCAGAAACCACCUGCCUGUUUCUUUCACGUAGAAAGAAACCUUCCAGAACACUCUUGAACUAAGCAGAACAGGAAAGACCUCUACACAUCAGAUCAAUACCUUCUGUACUAAGAAACUGACAGUAUAUCCCCCAAAUAAUUGCCAGCUGCCUUGAGUAGUGACUGCGACCGCCGUGGCAAAUGUCGCUUCCCUUCAGUUGACCCCUUUGCUGUUCCUCCUCUUUUUUUUUUUAAUGAUAUUUAUUAAAAUUUUCAAAGGAUACAAAGAUUACACAAAAACAAAAAGUAAAAGUACAAAAAAUAAAAAUACAAAAAAAAAGAAAAUACAGAAAAAAGAAUAAAGAAAAAACAAAACAAGUUCAUUAUUUUCAGACCCUUAACUGUCAUUACCUUCUUUCUUAGACCUCCUCCUCCUCCCUUCCUUUGUAUUCUAAUUAUUAAUUAUCCCAGCAAAUCCUUUCCUUUCCAUGUUUCAUAAAAUUCUAUCAUUACAUUACCCUCGACUAAUUUAAUCCUAUCUUUCUAUAAUAAAAUAAACCUUAAAGUUUAAAACUUAAGUCUUAACCUUACCAGCUUCUUGUGAUCAUAAUAUUCUUUCAUAAUUCUUUAUGCAUCUUUACUAAAGCCAGGUAAUUUCUUCCAACAUUUUUCUAUCAUUCAUCAACUUUGUAAAACAUUCUAAUAAUAAAAAAGAAAGAAAGAGAGAUAUAAACAAGUCCAAUCUUUAUCCAACGUCCCUUUCUCCUGGUUCCGGGAUUUGUCAGUCCUUAUUAACCCGGUAACCUUAUGUCCGAGGCCCUCAAGUCACUUCCAUGGCCCUUCCGCGGCUCUUCUUCAUACUUAUAACUGUAAUUUCCCUUAUCUCCUCGUGAUAACUCCAGCUGUUCCUCCUCUUCCACCUGCUUUAGGACGGCCACGAGAUCUGCUUCGUCGGGGACGAGGCUUUCAGAGAGCUUUCCAAGGUGGACCCAAACGGCGGGAAACUCUUAGACGAGGUGAGUCUCCCCCUUUCAACGUUUAUUCCAAAUUAAAGGUGAUCCAAGGGCUCAGCUUCUCUCCUCCGCGAUGCGCCUCACGGCUUUUCUCUACUCUCCUGCAGGCAAUGGCGGCCGACAAGAGCCACGAAUGGUUUGCCAAACGUAACACCCCAAAGCCUUCCGCUUAGCCUGGGUGGGGAAUCGUCUGGUUGGCAGUGUCUUUUGUGGGGACCUGGGAAAGGAGGCCAUCGGCCAUACUUUCUGCGCACGUGGAUGAGUAGUGCUGCUAUCGCUUGGAACUCCUUCUCUUUUAAUUAAAUUAAUUAUGGUUUCCUUCCUUCCUCUUUUGAAUCUGUUCCUUUCUUGU